UAAACUGACCUUAGCAGUGUGUAAGCACAAACUCAUCCUACUCCCGACGCUGAGACAAAUACAGAAAAGUUCAGGAGAAACUCUUCACACUCCAAAACAGUCACCCAGGAAGUAAAGAGGAAGUGAUAUCAGAGCAGAUGGAACCAAAUCCCAGCCUGGCGGGGGUGGACUCCCAAGGCAACAUGGUGUUUAGAGUGGUUAAACCUGUCAUGGGCAUCUUUCAAGUCUCCUCAGAACAGACCAACUCUGUGGGACAGGGGGGGUUGCAGCAGACAAUGGUCGAGGGGCUGACAGGGUUACCAGGGUUAUCCGACCACCCCUCCAUGGUGCUGGGGGAUGGACAGGGACAGGGGCAGCAGGGAAUGGGGGACGUGAACCAGAUGCAAGCCCAGAUUCAGAUCCCGGCAGGGGACACCACCCAGACUCAGGCUGGUGCUCCAAACCACAACCACAUACCCCAUGUUCCGUUUGCUGAGGUGUCGUCUCUCCUAGACCCCAACAUGAAGAGCUCCAAAGCCCGUAAGUACCACAGGCAGAGAAGGAUGGGAUUAGGCCAGGGCUUCCCCUCCUACUGGAGACCUCAUCUUGCGGGAUAUUCCUGCCCACUACUCUAACACAACUGAUUCUACCUAUUAGCUACUCCUCGGGACCAUGAUUAGCUGCACCCCCAGUGGUUCUCCAGGAGGAAGGUUGGCCUUACCUGCUGUAGUAUGGAAUAAGCGGAAGAUUCAACACAAUUGUUUCAUUCAUCUAUUGUUCUUUUGGUCCUAGGUAAGUACCUGAUACCCUAUGACGAGAUCAAACGUCGUCUGGAGGCUCCAGAGAAGAUGUCUCUGCGUUCGCUAGCAGCCUACACCAGGGUCAGCCGCGGCCCAGCCAGCAAGAAAACCCUUCAGGAGUCUCUCAAUAUACUGGGCCUCACUCCUAGUACUACUACUGCUGUAUCCUCCUCCUUCUCCAAGCUCACGGAGGGUAAGUGUGUGUGUUUGUGUGCGGGCAUCUCUCACGGUUUAUAGAUUGUUAAAAUGUUGUGUUUUCCAGGUGACACCAAAGCCCUGUGUAACGACAUGAAGGAUUUUGCCCAUGACUACAUGGACUUUGGAAACAUGGCCAAGCAGCUUAUACCAGAGACUAACACAGUUCAACACUGGUCAAAGAUCAUAGAAACCAGGUAAGACCAAACCCUCACCCACACCACACCCUCACCUGGUUAGUGUAUUUACAGCACAGUGAUCUAUACGUUUUCUGUACAGUGAGACAAACACUAACACACCUUUGCCCACACCACCCCACCUGGGAUAGAAGCCAUCUGGAGGCGAUGAGGAAGUGUUUCCAUGACCCGGUCAACAGUGCGUUGUUCGACAACGUGACUCACGGCCUGGGCCUCGGGAUGCUCGACACCGCCCUCGACAUGAUCACCAUGGUGAUUGACAAACAGAUUCGCAUCCUGUCCGGCGCCGCUGCAACUGAUCCUGUUGACACCGGCCCUCCAAUGAGACGCAUCCGCCGCCGCCACCGCAAGCCCCGAGAUGACGGCAACGACAAACCGCACAGGUCGGUGGGCGGAGUUAAAGGUCAAGGGAAAGAAUCGGGGAAGGGCAAAGGGAGGGGCCGAGGCAGGAAGAAGGCGCAGCUGCAGGAGUCCGGAACCCCGGUUGGUAUUGCCAUGGAUACAACCCAGCAGCAGGAUCAAGAGCAUCGUCAGCCGGAGGACGUGGAGAGCAGUGUUCUCACACUUGUCUCCGUCGGUUACGAGACCAUAUCCAGCGGCCUCAACACCACAGUACAGAUCUGAAGAUGUUUAAUGGUUGAAAAAACAAUGCUCAGCAGGAUUCAGACUUUGCUGAACAUUUCCCCAAUGGGGUGGCUCGGAGCAGAACAGUCUUAGUAACGUUGUGAAACGUUGUGAUGUUUAGACGCCACUCAGGUCUGGGCCAUGGAACCCCAAACACCCAGAGGAAGACCUGUAGAGGACACCGGAGAGCGUUCAGGGACGUUACAUCAUUUUGGUUUAGUAUUUUAGUUUAGUUUUUGUGUUGCAGCUGUUGCCUACUGAUAAACCCAAUCAAUUUAUAUGUUUUGUUGUUAAGCACAUAUGUGAUGAUUGCAGUUUUGUUAAAGUGGAAAUCAAUUCAAACGACAGAGAAGCAUUGAUAUUGAAAAACCUACAAUGUAGAAAUUAGUCUUAAUUCAGGUCUUUAGAUAAGGCCAUCCCAUUGCUUGACCUACUCAUCUGGCAUUGGAUAGCCCAGUUGAUUUAUAUCAUGAGUAGACCUCUUAUACAGUGCCUUGCAAAAGUAUUCAUACCCCUUGGCAUUUUUCCUAUUUUGUUUCAUUACAACCUGUAAUUUAAAUGGAUUUUUAUUUGGAAUUCAUGUAAUGGACAUACACAAAAUAGUCCAAAUUGGUAAAGUGAAAUGAAAAAAAUAACUUGUUUCAAAAAAAUAAUAAUAUAAUAAUAUGCCAUUUAGCAGACGCUUUUAUCCAAAGCGACUUACAGUCGUGCGUGCAUACAUUUUUGUGUAUGGGUGGUCCCGGGGAUCGAACCCACUACCUUGGCGUUACAAGCGCCGUGCUCUACCAGCUGAGCUACAGAGGACCACAUAAAUAAUGGAAAAGUGGUGCGUGCAUAUGUAUUCACCCCCUUUGCCAUGAAGCCCCUAAAUAAGAUCUGGUGCAACCAAUUACCUUCAGAAGUCACAUAAUUAGUUAGAUUGCACACAGGUGGACUUUCUUUAAGUGUCACCUGAUCUGUCACAUGAUCUCAGUAUAUAUACACCUGUUCUGAAAGGCCCCAGAGUCUGCAACACCACUAAGCAAGGGGCACCACCAAGCAAGCGGCACCAUGAAGACCAAGGAGCUCUCCAAACAGAUCAGGGACAAAGUUGUGGAGAAGUACAGAUCAGGGUUGGGUUAUAAAAAAAUAUCAGAAACUUUGAACAUCCCACGGAGCAGCAUUAAAUCCAUUAUUAAAAAAUGGAAAGAAUAUGGCACCACAACAAACCUGCCAAGAGAGGGCCGCCCAUCAAAACUCACGGACCAGGCAAGGAGGGCAUUAAUCAGAGAGACAACAGAGACCAAAGAUAACCCUGAAGGACCUGCAAAGCUCCACAGCUGCGAUUGGAGUAUCUGUCCAUAGGACCACUUUAAACCGUACACUCCACAGAGCUGGGCUUUACGGAAGAGUGGCAAGAAAAAAGCCAUUGCUUAAAAAAAUAAGCAAACACGUUUGGUGUUCGCCAAAAGGCAUGUGGAAGACUCCCCAAACAUAUGGAAGAAGGUACUCUGGUCAGAUGAGACUAAAAUUGAGCUUUUUAGCCAUCAAGGAAAAUGCUAUGUCUGGCGCAAACCCAACACCUCUCAUCACCCCGAGAACACCAUCCCCACAGUGGGGAUGUUUUUCAUCGGCAGGGACUGGGAAACUGGUCAGAAUUGAAGGAAAGAUGGAUUGCGCUAAAUACAGGGAAAUUCUUUAGGGAAACCUGUUUCAGUGUUCCAGAGAUUUGAGACUGGGACGGAGGUUCACCUUCCAGCAGGACAAUGACCCUAAGCAUACUGCUAAUGCAACACUCAAGUUGUUUAAGGGGAAACAUUUAAAUGUCUUGGAAUGGCCUAGUCAAAGCCCAGACCUCAAUCCAAUUGAUAAUCUGUGUUAUGACUUAAAGAUUGCUGUACACCAGCGGAACCCAUCCAACUUGAAGGAGCUGGAGCAGUUUUGCCUUGAAGAAUGGGCAAAAAUCCCAGUGGCUAGAUAUGUCAAGCUUAUGGAGACAUACCCCAAGAGACUUGCAGCUGUGAUUGCUGCAAAAGGUGGCUCUACAAAGUAUUGACUUUGGGGGGUGAAUAGUUAUGCACGCUCAAGUUCUCUGUUUUUUUGUCUUAUUUCUUGUUUGUUUCACAAGAAAAAAUAUUUUGCAUCUUCAAAGUGGUAGGCAUGUUGUGUAAAUCAAAUGAUACAAACCCCUAAAAAAUCCAUUUUAAUUCCAGGUUGUAAGGCAACAAAAUAGGAAAAAUGCCAAGGGGGUGAAUUCUUUCGCAAGCCACUGUAGCUCUCUCCACCUCUCUAUUACUGUAACAUGGGAAACACAUUAUGCCAGUACUUAGUCAAUGAUUGUAUGUUUAUAUUGAAACCUGGAUUGCUGAAAUACUUGUAUUAAAG